ACACACACUGCCCGAUAUGGACGGAGAGACUCUCUGGUCAUACAUCCAAGACAACCCCGAGGUGGUGGCGGUGUAUGCAGAGUCAAACCCUCAUUUUCCAAAGGAGGUUCGGGCGUGUUGCGCUGGAUGGAUCGAAAGCAGAGACUGGAGUACGCCUGUGAGAGCGGAACAGGCGCCAGCAUUGGCGCGGGGCUUGUUUGAUGCCCUGACAGAGGUGCUGCAGCAUUUGGAGACGGUGGCGGCGUCAGUGCCGCAUGCCAGAUUCAAGCUCAAUCGGCUGACCCAGAUCGGCCGCACCCUCCGCGAGGAGUACGCAGGCAACGACGCGCGGCUGUUGGAGGCGCUGCGGGUGUGCAUGAUGGCCGAGGCCGCCGUGCUCGAGGGCGCAGAGGGUGAGGGCGGAGUGGGUGGCGGGUCGGCCGGGGUUGGGGCCAGCUCCCGCGCGCCGCAGGCCAUGGAAGAUGGCGGACAAAGUCCACGCGAAGGUGAAGACGUCGUCUCGGGGCGGGCGGGCCCGCUGCUGCGCCAGUACAAUGGGCUGGCGCACGAGGCCCGCGGGUCCGAGGACGAGCUGCGGUCGGUCCAGGAGCUGCAGGAAGAGUUUCGAGUCCAGUAUCUACAGAACGAAGACCGAAUCGCAGCGCUUGCGCAGGGCUCCGGGCCGAACAACCCGCAGGCGCGGCAGCAGCUCCACGCGUUGUACCAGUCGCUGGCACAGCAGUCGGAGCAGCUGAUUGGGAUGCGGCGGUCGCUGAGGAGCGCGCUGGCUGGCGAGGCCAACAUGCUGCGAACACUGCAGGCAACGCUAGGCGAGAUGCUAGGCGAGUGGCGCGAGAAGCAGUUCCGUAAGGCUGUGCCAGAAAAGAUACUAGCAGCGGAGCUGCGUGAGCUGCGGCAGCUCCUGAUGCGACAGGCAGCUGCGCUGUUUUCGCUCCGUGAACGGCUCGAGGUGCUGCGUUUUCUGCGGCAGCAGCUGCCGCCGGCAGCAUCCGCCGAUGACGACGGGGAAGUGAGCGUGCCCGAGGCCGAGACGCUGGCGGCGGCGGCGGACGCGAUGAUUGAGAACCUGGUGCUCGGCUCUUGGGUUGUGGUUGAGCAGCCUCCGUCUGUGGUGCGGCGGCGAGUGCGGACACGGGUGAGCAUCGAGCUGCUUAUUGGGGCAUCCCACGUUGUGUCGCUCCCGAUGGUCUCUGUCCAACUUCUGGAUGCAGUGACGGGUGAGCCAGCAUCGGCGCAGCUGCUCAACGCGACCAAGCGGGCCGAGGCUACGAACGACGGGCGAUGCGUGGCGGUCUUUUCCAGCCUCUGUAUUGCAGACAUCCGGCAUGCGUCGCUGACCAAGGACAAGCUCUCUGCAGAGUGUAUGUACCGGCUUGCGGUGUCGUGCGAGGCUGGGCUGGCCCACGGCACGUACUCGCUCAUUGCUGUCUCCAACCCCAUCACGCUCACGGUGAGUCGGCGGCAGGCUGCUCUGGCUGCCGCGACGAUGUUCUGGCAUGAGGCGUUUGCCGACUCGUUCGAGGCGAUUACGGCGCCAGAAACGGUGUUCUGGUCGGCGCUGGCUGGGGCACUGGAAGCCUCGUUUGCGGCGUCGGGUCGGGAGCUGGGCGCGGACGUGUUGGCGUACUUUCGGUCCAAGGUAGUGAGCAGCGUGCCGGGUGACUCGUCGGACAUUGUGUCGUUUGAGCAGUUUGCCAAGGCCGACAUGGGCAAGGGCUUUUCGUUCUGGGCGUGGCUCUUUGCAGCGCGCGAGGUGCUCGAGUCGUCACCGCACAUGCGGGCGCUGUGGGCCGACUCACUGGUCGCCGGCUUUGUGCCCAAGUCUGGUGUGGGCGGCAUGCUUUCGGCGUAUCCAAGCGGCUCGUUUCUGCUCCGGUUCGCCGACUCGCUUCUAGGUGCGCUCUCGAUCUCGUACGUGUGGGACGACUCGCGCGGGCGGCAAGUGGUCCACCUGCAGCCGUGGACGCUGACCGAGUUUGAAACCAUCUCACUCGCCGACCGCAUCCGGCAGACGGAGCAGCUAACGCUGCUCUACCCGACGUUUCAGCACCGCGACGAGGCAUUUGGCGCGUACUACUCGCCGGAUGAGGCAGUCCAGGCUGUAGACGGCUACGUGACCACCGGGCUCAAGAUGACCGUCGAGGGCGGAAGUGAGAGCAGGCAGGGAGGCGGCGAGUCGGCGUUCUCUUUCCCGCUUGAUCUGGGCCCGGUCUCGCCGCUAGGCGAGGCUUCCAACCCGUUCUACACCGGCAUGGAGCCGGCCGAGCCAGCGGCUGGGUACAGUGGCAUGCUGCUCAGCCCGUCGCUGGGCGCACCGGCGUUUGGUGGGGAGGGCCCGAGCAGUGAGGGUGGUGGGAGGCUGCCGGAGCUCUCCUUUAACAUGGGGCUGGAGCCGCUGCGGUUUGACGAGGCGCCAUCGUUGGGUUCGCCGCCGCUGCAGGGGUCCGCGUCAGCUGAAGGCGGCCUGUUUGGGUUCGGCGGCUCGCGCCAGCGCUCGUUGGGCGGCGAUGAGCUGCGCGACAUGCUGCAGUAGCGCAUGCUCAGGGGCACGUCUCGCUUGCUGCGAGAUGGCAGGUACUUCGCAGCAGGUCCGCGAUUUUGAGGGCACGGGGCGAAGCGGCGGAUGCGAGUGCGGCAAGCGUGGCGCGCGGUACGGCGCCCGGCGCUGCGCGCGGGUGCGGAGCGGGAGGCACCGAAGGUGGAACGGCAUUCGCGAGCAGCUCGGAGAUCAAAGUAUGCGCAACGGCAAGCGCAGGAGCGAGUUCAAAAUCCUGCGGGUUGAAGAUCGGGUUGCAGCCGAGACUCCCCUCCGCAGCAGCGGGAUUGCUCGCGCCCCACAGCUCGAGGGCAUACGAGAAGGGGACGUUAGCAGCGCCUGC